CUUGUGCAGACCAUACUACUAUAAAUAGUCUACUUUACAGUACUUUCUUCUUUGCUUAAACAUACUUACAAAAUACAAACCACAAAUUUAAGCAAUUAUUACACUUUCUAUAUCAUUUUUUGUUGUUCCAAUUUAGUUUCUUUUCUUUUAAGUUAAAACAAAACUAUGACUUUUACAGAGAAAGAUGAAGCUUUGGUAAAAGAAUCAUGGGAUAUAAUGAAGCAAAAUAUCCCAGAAUAUAGCCUUCGGUUUUUCUCCAUAAUAUUGGAAAUUGCUCCAGCAGCCAAAAAUAUGUUCUCAUUUUUAAGGGAUUCAGAGGAAGUUCCACAGAAUAAUCCCAAGCUGAAAGCUCAUGCAAUCAAGGUUUUUAAAAUGACAUGUGAAUCAGCCAUUCAACUUCGGGAAAAAGGUGAAGUGGUUGUAGGAGAGACUACCCUUAAAUAUUUGGGAGCUAUCCAUUUGAAGAAUGGAGUGAUUGAUCCCCAUUUUGAGGUUGUGAAACAAGCAUUAUUGAGAACGAUAGAAGAAGCAAGUGGUGACAAAUGGAGUGAAGAAUUGAAAUGUGCUUGGAGUGUUGCCUAUGAUCACUUAGCUGCAGCCAUCAAAGCUGAGAUGAAGGAAGAGGUAGCUUAGUUCUCAGUCGCCAAAAGUAUUACUCUAAAAAUAUUGAAUAAAUAUUCUUAUUGUUUUUGAGGGGAAAUUAUUGUUAUUGUUGAUUAUGACUCACUUAUUUAUCCGAGUGACUUGAUAUGAUGCUUUUUCUUGCCUUAUUAUUGAUUAGCAAGAAGGAAAUCAAAUUCAUAAUUAUUGGUUUAACCAUGUAAUAGUGCAUAUUAAUUGUGAUAAAACCUUGGUGAUAUAUGUAUUCCUUAUUGCAAAUAUAAAAUAAUAUUCCGUCGGUCUUUUUCUA